AUGUCGCAAUAUUUUCGUGGAUUUUGGCAAUCAAAACUUUCCCUUCUCAACGAUUUUAAACAAUUUGGAGUGAUGGAAACUUUGAAGAAGGCUUUUAAACUCAGAGAAGCAUGGUGGGAAAAGGGAGAUAAAGUUCUUGUUGGUGUUGAUAAAUACGGAAACAAGUAUUGGGAAACCACAAAACCAACUGAAUUGAACCGUAAUCGUUGGGUAGAGCUUGCUCGUAAAGAUCUUGUCUAUGAUGCUUCGGACAUUCCUGCUGAAUGGCAUAUGUGGAUACAUAGACUGAGAGAUGAACCUCCAACGGAAGAUGAAGCUAAUAGAAAAGGUUUUGGAGUUAGACGUCCUCAUCAACCUAAUUGGUCCGGAAACCCAGAGAAGAGACAUUAUCCACCUGGACACUUCUUCAAUCCAUCCCACAAGGAUGUUUCUACUUUGGCUUUUGGACAUCACGCCCCAGAACAAGAAUUCGUAAAGAGAGUUGAACAACAGCAACAACAAGCGAAAACUACACCCUCAUCGCAACAGCAACAACAAUAA